ACAUUUCCUCCAUCAUCCACAUUGCUGUUAUUCUCUUCACCAUCAUUGCUGGUUUUACGAAAGCUGACACCAAAAACUACACCCCUUUUGCCCCCUUUGGCGCUCAUGGCAUUUUCAAGUCUUCAGUUGUGUUCUUGUUAGCAUAUCUCGGUUUUGAUGCUGUCUCAACAAUGGCUGAAGAGACUAAAAACCCUGCUCGAGAUAUUCCCAUUGGUCUUGUUGGCUCAAUGACAAUUAUCACUGUUGCAUACUGUCUGCUUGCUAUGGCAUUAUGCCUAAUGCAACCAUAUCAGCAGAUUGACCCAAAUGCCCCAUUCCUUGUGGCAUUUGAAGCUAUAGGGAUGAAUUGGGCUAAGUAUAUUGUUGCUAUCGGUGGAUUGGAGGGCAUGACCACUGUUUUGCUGGCCAUUGUUGUUGGCCAAGCCAGAUAUCUCACCCAUAUUGCUCGUACCCGCAUGAUGCCGCACUGGUUAGCACAAAUCAAUCCAAAGACAGGGACACCAAUCAAUGCAACAAUUGUCACGCUUGCUGCCACAGCAAUCAUUGCCUUCUUUACUGAACUUGAUAUUCUUACCAAUCUUGCCGCAAUAUCAACAUUGUUCAUCUUCACGCUCGUAGCUAUCGCUCUCCUUGUUCGCCGAUACCAUGUCAGUGGGGUGACAACACCAGCAGAUAGAAACAAACUUAUUAUUUGCAUAGCGUUCAUUCUUGUGUCUUCUGCCGCCACUACUGCUUACUGGGCACUAAGUAGCGAUAAUGACUGGAUUGCAUAUGCCAUUACAGCGCCAAUUUGGUUCUUGGCUACCUUGGCACUUCAGGUUAUUGUUCCCAAGGCUAGGACUCCAAAACUAUGGGGCGUUCCAUUGGUUCCUUGGUUGCCUUCGGCUUCCAUUGCCAUCAAUAUUUUCACUCUUGGAUCCAUAGACCGUGCAUCCUUUAUAAGGUUUGCUGUCAGGACUGGCAUCGUGUUGAUUUACUAUUUUCUAGUUGGGUUGCAUGCGUCUUAUGAUACAGCCAAGGGUCAUGGGGAGAAUCAGGCUGCGGGGGGAUACUGGAAUGCUGAAGAAGGUCCGGUGUCUUCCAAUUAUACCACAAAUCCUAGUAGUUAAAGCAGAAACAUGAAGGUCAAAAAUGUUUAUAGCUUCUUCUAAUUUAUUUUCCCAAACGCGAAGGAAAUUUCCGGCCUGGGAAAAAAAAAGGGUGUAUGUUAGUAAUAGAAAUUAUUGAGUGUAUGUGUAAAGAAGCUUGCAGGGUUCCUUCAUUGCGAAUAUAUUUCAACCAAGGAC